UAUAAAAUUUUUUUAAAAAUCUGUUUUCAGAGAACAGAAGUGUCGGUUUAAGGCUGAGAGAGAAACCGGGGACCACCUCUCCCUUCACACUAUAUAUUGGAGGCGUGUUCAAGACAAUGCGGCUCAGUCACUGUGUCAUUUAGUGGUGACACACUUGUGAAACACCUGACUGCUCACAACUGCCCGUCAGUCUUUCACUAAGAUGUUCAGGUGGGUUGUGAUCUCAUGGGCUCUCUUGGCCCUGGUUGGUGCAGAUGAGUGUCCAGAUGGAGGCCGUUGUGAAGACGGUCAAACCUGCUGCAAUGACCCGGCUAGUGGAUAUGAAUGCUGCCCGUUUGAUCAGGCUGAGUGCUGUGAGGAUCACAUCCACUGCUGUCCUGCUGACACAGUCUGUGAAACAGCCACAUCCAGCUGUGUGAAUGCCACUGUGACCAUCCCCUGGGUGGAAAGAGCCUCUGCUGAUCAACCCAGGCUCUCCAAAUCCUUCAGGAUGAUCAAGUCUUACAUGGGGGAUGACGACGACAACAUCUGUCCCGAUCUGUCACAGUGUCCAGCUGAGUUUUCCUGCCUAAAGGCUUUGACAAGGUUUGGUUGCUGCCCACUAGCUCAGGGUGUCUCCUGCUCUGAUGGGAAACACUGCUGUCCUGAGGGUCAUCAGUGCAGCGCUGACAGCCGCUCCUGCAUCAAAAAAGACAUUGUGACUACAGUUAUUUGCAAGGACGGAGUGUCAGAGUGUCCAGAUGAAACCACCUGCUGUGAAACUCCAGAAGGCACAUGGGCAUGCUGCCCAAUUCCAAAUGCUGUGUGCUGCAGUGAUAAGAUACACUGCUGCCCUGAUGGAACCACAUGUGAUGUCGAACACUCCAAAUGUAAUUCCUUAUCUACCGAUAAAGUGCUGCCGAUGUGGGCCAAGCUGCCUGCCAGGAUGAGAGCAGACUGGGAGAACCUGAAAGUGGUUGAACAAGUGACUGCUGGAACAGUCAAUGAUGUUGGAGCAGAAAAAGUCCUUGAAGUCACCACAGCCAAUGGGGUUCCUCCUUCUGAAGAGGAAGUGUCUACAUCAUCUGUUACUAAGGCAGCUGCGGGUAAUGACGUCCCCUGCAAUCAGACAGCAGCUUGUCCUGAUGGUACUACCUGCUGCAAAACAAAAGAAGGAGAAUGGGCCUGUUGUCCUCUGCCAGAGGCCGUUUGCUGUGAAGACUUCGUUCACUGCUGUCCAAAGGGUAAGAAAUGUAACGUGGCAGAACAAACCUGUGAGGAUGACACAUGCUCCGUCCCGUGGGCUGAGAAAGUACCCACAAUCCCCCGGUCGGACGUACAGGUAAAGGAUGUCCCCUGUGACGACACCGUAGGGUGUCCUGACGGCACUACCUGCUGUAAAACCAAAGAAGGAGGCUGGGCCUGUUGUCCUCUGCCAGAGGCUGUUUGCUGUGAAGACUUCGUGCACUGCUGUCCAAAGGGUAAGAAAUGUAACUUGGAAGCACAAACCUGUGACGAUGGCUUCAGCUCUGUGCCAUGGGCCAAAAAAGUGCCCUCAAUCCCCCGGUCGGACAUACAGGUAAAGGAUGUCCCCUGUGACGACACCGUAGGGUGUCCUGACGGCUCUACCUGCUGUAAAACCAAAGAAGGAGGCUGGGCCUGUUGUCCUCUGCCAGAGGCUGUUUGCUGUGAAGACUUCGUUCACUGCUGUCCAAAGGGUAAGAAAUGUAACUUGGAAGCACAAACCUGUGACGAUGGCUUCAGCUCUGUGCCAUGGGCCAAAAAAGUGCCCUCAAUCCCCCGGUCGGACGUACAGGUAAAGGAUAUCCCCUGUGACGACACCGUAGGGUGUCCUGACGGCACUACCUGCUGUAAAACCAAAGAAGGAGGCUGGGCCUGUUGUCCUCUGCCAGAGGCUGUUUGCUGUGAAGACUUCGUGCACUGCUGUCCAAAGGGUAAGAAAUGUAACUUGGAAGCACAAACCUGUGACGAUGGCUUCAACUCUGUGCCAUGGGCCAAAAAAGUGCCCUCAAUCCCCCGGUCGGACGUACAGGUAAAGGAUAUCCCCUGUGACGACACCGUAGGGUGUCCUGACGGCACUACCUGCUGUAAAACCAAAGAAGGAGGCUGGGCCUGUUGUCCUCUGCCAGAGGCCGUUUGCUGUGAGGACUUUGAGCACUGCUGUCCAAAGGGUAAGAAAUGUAACCUGACAGCACAGACCUGUGACGAUGGCACCCGCUCCGUGCCGUGGACCGAAAAAGUGCCCUCAAUCCCCCAGCAGAUUGUACAGGUAAAGGUUGUACCCUGUGACGACACCGCCAGUUGUCCGGAUGGCUCUACCUGCUGUAAAACCAAAGAAGGAAAAUGGGCCUGUUGUCCACUGCCUGAGGCGGUUUGUUGCGACGACCAUGAGCACUGCUGCCCUGCUGGCACCACCUGUGAUUCAACCAGCCUCAGCUGUCAGGGCCCGUCAGCCUCAGUUCCCAUGAAGCAGAAGGUGCCUGCGUUUUCCACUGCAGCACCAACUACAGCCAGCCAAGCCCAGGUGACCGAGCAGGAGGAUGAAAAGGAGGAGCCCGUGGAGGAGAAUAAAGAAAUAGAAGGCAAGAUUCAGUGCGACCCUAGAACCAGCUGCCCUCAGUCGUCUACCUGCUGCUUCGUGGUGGCCUCUCGGCAGUGGGGCUGCUGCCCGCUGCCUCAGGCGGUGUGUUGUGCUGAUGGAAGCCACUGCUGUCCUCAAAACUACAAGUGUAAUGAGCAAGCGACCUCAUGUGUCAAGGGAGAAGUGGAGAUACCGUGGUACACCAAGCUUCCAGCCCUCACCAGCGACCAGUCUGAUCUCAGCGCUGUGCAGUGCGACGGCGGGACUCAGUGUCCUGAACACACCACCUGCUGCAAGCUGGCCACGGGCGAGUGGGGCUGCUGCCCGCUGGAAAAUGCGGUUUGCUGCUCAGAUAAGAAGCACUGCUGCCCGCAGGACUUCAUCUGCAAUGAGGCAUCCAACUCCUGCCAGAGGCUCAUCACUCUGGAAGUGGAGAUGGUCCCUCUGACUCCGGUUUAUCUGCCUGACCAGCCUCUGCCCAGUCCUUUAACGCACGGAGACAUCCCAUGUGACGAGAAGACCAGGUGCAAAGAUGGACAAACCUGCUGCAGGACGUCCACCACCACCUGGGGCUGCUGUCCAUCUCCUAACGCGGUUUGCUGCAGCGACAUGAGGCACUGCUGUCCCAACGGCUCCUCCUGCACUGAGGAAGGCUCCUGCAUCGAGGACCCCUUCCUCUACUGGUCCAACUGGCACGUGUUCCUCGCCAACAAGAAGAGAGGUCUACUUCUGUGAAAACAACCCCCUACACUGUCAUUUGUUUCUGCCUGCAGCUUACUAAUGGAAGAAAACAUAAAGGGGUUUAAAGGGUGAUUUUUAAACGCUUUGCUCUCUACGUAGCUAAAUGGUAAAUGUUGACAGAGACACUAUGAAACUGAAAUGAAAUGUUCUGCGAUCUUGAAGUGGCAAGUUUCUAAAUGUGGAUUUAAAAACUGCACAGAUUCUUGUUAUUUUAAGCGCACACAGUUUGUUACUUGAAACUCUACUCCAACUGCUGAGAACACAGCUGAAACACCACAGGUGAAAUGAUUUUAUUCACUGUCACUUCCUGUUUGCUCGUCUGCCGCUGCCUUGUUUUGAAAAGUGCACUUAUUUAUAAUCAGUUUGGGGCUAAAUUUGAUAGAUGUUGUUUUAUUGUUUUAAAUAUGACAUGCUGAAUGAACAGUUGAGUCUGUUUUUAAACUGUGUUACAUUCAUGAAGCCGAAUCCUUUGGUGACAUACUCUCAUUGAUAAUUACUCUUUUAUCAUCUUACUGGAAUUGUGUGAUCCUGUGCAUUUUGUAAUAAUGUGCAAUAAUGUAAGGUAACAGGACACAAAUAAUAAAAAAAUCAGGCUUGAUGCAGCUUUACCUCUUGAGAAGUCAGAUAGAUCUCUACAUUUUCCAUAAAACCAAUAAACAAAUGACAACAACAAAA